AUGUGGGGGUUUUAUAACGACAAGACUAUUCUUCUUACUGGAGGUACUGGCUUUGUAGGAACUUCAAUCUUAUACAGGAUCCUGUCUCAGGCCACGCCACGACGUGUCUUUCUUCUUUUGAGAGGUAGUCAACAAAAAGCUCGGAACACAUGGGCCGAUUUGUUGUCAGACGCCAUAGCCGACUCGCUUAUCCAAAACCCUCGAAUUACUAUUGUCAGUGGAAAUCUCAAGUCGCCCAACCUCGGGCUCUCAGAUUACGACUGGCAAUGCCUCAUGGAGACUGUCGAAAUAGUUGUCCACACUGCCUCGCCGAUCAAUCUUGUGGCUAAUCUAAAAAGAAUGUCGGAGCUUGUCAUAUCGCCAACCAUGUUCCUGGCAAACGUCGCCUUGCAAAUGCCGGAAUUGCAAAGAUUCGUUUUUAUCUCGACUGCCUAUUCCAACUCUCACCUCUGGGCCUUGGGGAAAGAAGACGACGUUUUUGUCAAAGAAUGCUUUUAUACCUUUGAUACAGAUCGAGGUCUUUCAGAGCCCGCAAGUGAAUCAUUUGAGAACACUACAAAGGGGGCAAAAGAGGAAUGGGAAAGCAUACGAACGUGCCAUACGACCGAUAUCUGGGAGGCUUUUGAUUUCCCAUGGGCGUAUGGGUAUGCGAAGAACUUGACUGAGAGGCUUCUGUUGGAACAAUUUUGGAAAAGAAACGCCCUGGAAAAAUUCCUUAUCGUGAAGCCAUCUAUCAUCGCACCGGCAAAAAGAUGCCCAUUUCCAGGGUAUGCAAGAGCAAAUUCUGUACCCGCGGCAGGAUUCGCAGCAGCCAUCCUCAUGUCCCCUGGGCGUCAUUUCAAAUUUGCAUCUCGUGCUUCUGAUCCACUGAACAACUCAACACUGGAUGAGGUCCCCGUGGACAUUGUCGUUGACCGGCUACUUGUACAUUUGGCUUGUGGAACCAGCGGAGUGGUUCAUGCCGUCAGUGGUAAAAGAGAGCGGUUAUCUCUUUUUGGAUACAUAUGGCCAAGGAUUGUGAAAGAGCGCCCAUUUCCAUGGGAAAUCAAACCAGUUUGGAAAUCUUCUGAUUGGAACUCGACUGAACUUCAUCUUGCCAAUCGAAUUUUCAAGUUGGUAGGAACUUCAUUUGACUUUGAGGAUACCAAAACUGAGCGCCUAUACGCCAAUCUCAGCCAGCGUGACAAGUCAGAUUUAGACCUUUUUACAAGUGAACAUAAGCCAACGAGUGAAGAGAGGAGAGCUAUUGUUCAGGAUAUGCUGCUUGUAUUUGGCAAAAAGCAGCAUAUUCCGUCGUUCAUUAUCAAGUCAUUUUUUCCAGCACGAGAUACACCUAGAACGGAAGUUCCACCGCUACCCAAUAUCAAGGACAAUGAGAGGCUUUAG